CCGCAACCACUUCGAUAUAAAAGCCCAUGAUCUGCUCUAGUGACAUCUCACAACACCUUUCUCGUAUACAAUCUUGCAACCUCUCCCUUGUCUGAUCCCCCUUUCAUCCGACCCUUGAUUCUCACUCCCAACCUUGAGUCCCAGCCUCGAGCCAUGGCAACCCCACCCCCUUCCACCGGCUACUUCUUCCCCGGCCCCUCCAACCUCCACGCCGACAUCUACCCAUCCAUCUCCACCUGCUCUACUCCCUCCCUCGUCCAGCCUGGAAAAACCGUCCUCGUCACCGGCGCAAGCCGCGGCAUCGGGCGCGCCAUCGCCCUGCAGUACGCCCACGCCAGCGUAUCCUGCCUCAUCCUGUGCGCCCGCAACGGCUUGCAACUGACCACGCUCGAAGCCGAGAUCAAGAAGAUCAACGCCAGCAUACGAGUGCUCCGCUUCGCCAUCGACGUCACUCAAGACGAGGAAGUGCGCCAGUGCGCGGAGCGCGUCAAGAGCCAGUCAGCCAGACUAGACAUUCUAGUGAACAACGCAGGGAUUACAGCGCCGUGGGUUCCGCUCGCAGAAACGGACCCGAGCAGCUGGUGGCAGACGGUCGAAGUCAAUCUCAAAGGGCCGUAUCUCAUGCUGCACGCCUUCCUGCCGCUGCUGGUUUCCACGGCGAAAGAAACCGCGAAGACGGUGGACGUCGUGAACAUCUGCAGCAUCGGCGCGCACACCGUCUUCACGGGCGCGUCCGCAUACCAGCUCAGCAAGCUAGCCGUGCUCCGCCUCACCGAGUUCGUGGACGUCGAGUAUGCCGCGCAGGGCGUGAACGCUGUGGCCGUGCAUCCUGGAGGCGUGCCGACGGAUAUGGGGCUUGGGAUCGAGCAGAUAAGACCUUUUCUGAAAGACAGUCCGGAACUCUGCGGUGGAUUUUGCGUCUGGCUGACCGCUGCCGCGCGGACAUGGCUUGCGGGGAGAUAUGUGAGCGCAACGUGGGACGUCGACAAGCUGGAGAGUAUGAAGGAUGAAAUUCUCGAGGAGGAUAAGUUGAAGGUGAGAAUGGUGCUCUAAUCCCCACCGCGGGUUUCCGCCGAUCCUACGAUAGGAAGAGUAUGACGAAUUACUGGAGGUUAGCCCACCAUGACCUUUUGUCUGGAUAUCUGUGACGCCGACAUUCCGUUGCCAGUUUCCAUUCAGCCCUAUAGCCAUUGUUGAUUCGUAAUCGGCAUGACUUUGGUGAAGCCAUUGAACGCGAACGUCUCUGGCAGAAAUCAUUCAUGCUUCACCGUUCACGACAUAGACGGCAGACGAUGGAGACAAAUCAAUCUGCGCGACGCUGCUUCGUCGACUCGACCUUCAUCGAGCAACCAUGAUAUUCAGAAUGAGCUCUACCAGCCCAACGGGGCUAAGAAGCCUGCCCAAAGGUGA